AUGGUCAAGGAUACCAAGUUCUACGACACCCUCGGGGUCUCCCCGACGGCAACCGAGGCUCAGCUGAAGACGGCCUACAAGAAGGGUGCCCUCAAGUACCACCCUGACAAGAACGCCGACAACCCCGAAGCCGCCGAGAAGUUCAAGGAAUUGUCCUCCGCCUACGAGGUUCUGUCGGAUUCCCAGAAGCGUAGCAUCUACGACCAGUAUGGUGAGGAGGGUCUUGAGGGUGGCGGUGCCGGUGGUGGCAUGGGUGCCGAGGAUCUCUUCGCUCAGUUCUUCGGCGGCGGCGGUGGUGGUUUUGGAGGCAUGUUCGGCGGCGGCAUGCGCGACCAGGGCCCCAAGAAGGCUCGCACCAUCCACCACGUUCACAAGGUCAACCUGGAGGAUAUCUACCGCGGCAAGGUCUCGAAGCUGGCUCUGCAGAAGUCGGUGAUCUGCCCCGGGUGCGACGGCCGCGGUGGUAAGGACGGCGCCGUCAAGUCGUGUACCGGCUGUAACGGUACCGGUAUGAAGACGAUGAUGCGCCAGAUGGGUCCCAUGAUCCAGCGCUUCCAGACCGUCUGCCCUGACUGCAGUGGAGAGGGUGAGAUCAUCCGUGAGAAGGACCGCUGCAAGCGCUGCGUCGGCAAGAAGACCGUCGUCGAGCGCAAGGUCCUCCACGUCCACGUCGACAAGGGUGUUAAGAACGGACACAAGAUCGAGUUCCGUGGCGAGGGUGACCAGAUGCCUGGCGUCAUGCCGGGAGACGUCGUGUUCGAGAUCGAGCAGAAGCCUCACCCCCGUUUCCAGCGCAAGGAGGACGACCUGUUCUUCCAGGCUGAGAUCGACCUGCUCACCGCUCUUGGCGGUGGUACCAUCAACAUUGAGCACCUCGAUGACCGGUGGUUGACCGUCAACAUUGCUCCUGGCGAGGUCAUCACGCCCGGUUCCAUCAAGGUUAUCAAGGGCCAGGGUAUGCCUUCGUACCGCCACCACGACUUCGGCAACCUCUACAUCCAGUUCGAUGUCAAGUUCCCCGAGAAGGACCAGCUGCAGAACCUCAACCUUCUGGACCAGGUCCUGCCUCCCCGCAUGGAGCAGGCCAAGCCGCCAACCGACGCCAUGGUGGAGGACUUCGAGCUUGAAGAGAUCGACGGCAGCGAGUACUCGCAAGCGCGCGCCCACGGUGCUGCCAGCGGCAUGGACGAUGAUGAUGACGACGUUCCUCCUGGCGCCGAGCGGGUGCAGUGUGCUUCGCAGUAA